ACGUACUAGUGUGGAUCUGUGUGUAAGCCUAAAAAAUUUUUUAAGUGUUAGUGUGUGACAUUUCUUUGGAUUAAACGUGUUUUCUAUGACUAAAAUGGCAACAGAAGCUCAAAGGUUAAUCGGAAUAUCUUUGGCCAAGAUUGCUCAAUCUAGGGUUCAUCGUGGCGGUGUAAGCCUGCACAAGAAUUUGUUAGUGGCGACAGUAUUGCAGAAGGCUCGGUACAUCUUCAUGAAAGAGGCUUACCACAUGGUUCACGGAGGACCCUAUGGACUCGCAACUCAUAUUCAGACUCAUUUGUACGCUCCACCGGUAGAAGUUGAGGAGGAGGACGAUUCUUUAUUGACCAGUGAGGAGAAUUCUCCGUGUGACUUGGCCAGGCCGACGUACUUAGACCUUGACAAAGCGGCCGCUCAGGCUACUAAGCGGAGACGAGCGGUUACCGAAUGGGAAACCGAAGAAGCAGUAUUGUCCAUUCUUCCGAAACGGACGCGCCAGGACUCGUCUGAUGACGAUUCAGAUAAUGAUUCCGUCUUUCUGGAUGAUGAAGCAUCCUUGUUUUCCCAGAGCGUGUCUCGGGACGCAGAAGAAGACCAACAGUCAGCCCUCGACUCCUCCCAUUCACCUGCCGGAAGCGGCAUGGAAAUCGAUCGGAUUACUUCCCUAGUGUCGAUUUUUGGAUUUGGCGGGAAACUGGCCAGAUCCGUUUCAACUCCCGAUCUCUGUUCGGCCCAAGCCUUAGACCAUCCUGCAGACUCAAUAACGCAGAGGCCGUUUAUAGCGAUGACUGUUUAACUUAUUAUGUUCAAUUAUUUAUGCAUAUACUUAUAUAAAUCAAUAAUUCUAUUAAAGAGAAAUAUUUCGGUUGUGCCGUUGUGCAUUGGUGUUUGUGAGAAAAUUACACGAUCUCGGUAUAUAGUUGAAUUAAACGUUUCAUAGAUAGUUAAUUAUCUUUUCUGUUUGUGUUGAUACGUCAUUCACCGGAUAACAUUUCCAAUUUAUCCAUAAUUUUUGCUUUAGUGAUGAAUUAGCUAAUGUUUUCCUGAGUAUGCAUAAGCACCAUUGCAUAUCAUGAACACCAGUUCAGUGCGCUGACUAUACUAAAAUGUGAUAACUGCAAUUUUUUAUAAAGAGACAAUUUACGAUAUGUGGACGUUUUUAUACUUAUUUGCUGCCCAUAGUUUAUUUUAUAUAUUCUUUUAUCACUGAAGAUACUUAGUAUUAUGAUGUUUUGUAAAUAGUCAAAAAGCACAAAUAUUUUAAUAGGUGCCAUUUUGGUGUUAUUAGACUAAUUUAUUGUGAAAAUGUGUAAAUAGAAAAUUUAAUAUAUUCAAAUUUUUAGACUGAUAUGAUUAUGAGGUUUCACAUGCAAAUAAAGUACAAUGUUAUCAAAAUUUUAAUAGGAAAUAUUUGUGCUUGCCUAUACUUGUAAGUGGCAUAUUGAUAUUGUUUAUUGCUUAUCUCAAUUUUUAAUUAUUACGCAGAUGUACUUAGAGUACUUACAUGAUUAUAAUGCGCAUUAGAAAGUUUGUUUUGAUAUCAGUAUGUUUCUUACAAAAUUGCAGCUAAAUAUUGUAUUUGUAAAUAUUGUAAACAAGUUUAAACUCCGUUUUAGGAGUCUGUACAUUAUUUGUAAAUAUAAAGUACAAUUUUAUGA